CUUAAGCCUUUUCCCCUUUAGGCAACAAUUUGGUUUUUUUUACGAGCUCUGGUUGGGUGCUGUGUAUUUCUUCCCCGUGGUAUUGGAGGAAUUCUUUCUUUCUUGGGUUGGUUGAUGCUGAUGGACUAUGAAUGGCACACAUGGGUGGGAUAAACCGGGGUUUCACUUUGGCUAGGUCUUGUACUGCCCCCUUGUUUUACGUUUUCUUCUCUGCCUUGCUACUCCUUUCGCUUCUUUGCGUGUUGUUAGUUAACCCACCUGCUUAUUUCACACGACCGGCGGUAUACGCUUUGUGCUCAAAUUUGCAAGCAUUCGUUGGAGUUUUUGUUGGGGUACCUCGCUCCUUCAUGGUUUCCCUCCCACUCGUUCAGCACCUGUUUUGCCUGCGCGUUUUGGCCUUGUUUUCUUGCUUUGCGAGCGGCCGGGUUCAUACACGCGAUUCAAUGCUCGGUUUGGACUUGGUCUGGUCUUGUCGAGGUCUUGUUCGUUUCCCCUGUUGUGGUGGCUUGGUUUACAUGCGUCUCUUGGGUCUCAACUCGGCAUGGAGUGGUUUGGCUGGGAACGUCUUCUGGGUCGGCAGGGGAUGUGGAACGUUAGCAAGCAGUGGUUUCAGUCAUCUCACGUGGGCGAGCAGAACGGCAGUGGACAAAUACACGUAUCCCUUUAUUUGAUUUCCGUUCUUAGUGGUGCGUUGGCUGAUUGUGAGGAACUACCCAAUCUGCAAAUCAUGUCG